AUGAAUAUUAUAACACCAGAACCAUCUGAAACUGAUUCGGACUGUGGGUAUAAAUACGUCUUUCCUCUUCGUCAUGAAGUUUCCUCCCGUGAUUAUCUAAAAUUUAUCCUUACCGUGUGGUACUGUCCAGAAACUAGUGCCCUUAUUGCUGAUCUCAUGGCGAACUUUUACGGUGACGAGCAGCUGAAAGAACUACUGGCUAGUCCAAUGGAAGCACUUCUUUUCAAGUCUAGAAAGUUCUUUUCAGAGCUUAAUUUAUAA